AUGGCGGAUCCUCUAUCGAUCGCUGCGAGUAUCGCGGGUCUUGUAGGCCUUGCUGACAUUGUCUUCGCCCGCUUGGUGAAGUUCGGGCGAUCUGUCAAGAAUGCAGAAGACGAGAUUCGACACCUUGCUCAGGAGAUCAAUCUCCUUGGAGGAGCCCUGAACAGCCUCGAACGACUAGCCCAGGUCCUGAAAGACGAUGCUUUCGACACAAACCUACGAAUGCACAACAUGGACGACUGCAGGGAGACUUUGAAAGAGAUAAAUAAGAAGCUGGAAAAGCUGGAGGCCACUUCUAGUUUGAUGAAGCAGAAGCUCAUGUGGCCAUUUACCAAAGACCGUGUGAAGGAAUGGCUCGACGAUCUGUCCAAACACAAAGAAAACAUCAAUCUAGCGCUGUCCGCUAAUUCCCUGCAUGCCAUGCUACGAGUUUUGUCCCAGGAAGGCUAUCACGCUACAGAGAUUCUGGCCGAGAUCAAGGAAACGCGGAAGAUCACUAGUCGAAUCCCCUAA